AUGGGCCAGGGAUCACCGAAACCAGAAAUUGGGACGCAUGGGCCUGGGCGUGGAUAUGGGGCGUCAGCAGAGGGCGAGUCUGGGCCGGGGUGGGCGCAAGGGCAGGGCGUGAGGGGGAUUGGAGAGGGAGGGACGGGUGUGGGCGGGACUGGGCGGGCGGGCAGUGGCGUGGGGGCUGUGGAACGGGCGUUGGCGGAAGUGGAGAGGGAAAGUCUCCCUGCAGGGGAAAGUGCGCCUACAGGGGAACGUGGGCGGGGGAUAGGGGGGAUGGAAGGUCGUGGAAUGGAGGGGCGUGGGAUUAGGGAUGUUGGGGCGGAGGAGCGUGGGAUGGGUGGCAUUGGGUUGGGAGGUGUUGGGAUGGGUCAGACCAUGGGGGAAGGGCCGUAUGAGCAUGGGAGGGAGAGGGCGAGGGAGGUGGCGGAGGAAGGGGAGGGUGUGCUGAAGGGGGGGUAUGGGCAGGUGAAGGUAGGUGCGGGGAAGGCUGCGGAGGGGGCUGAAGGGCUGGUGACUAAAACGGGCGAGCAGGGGCUGAGGAUGGGGGAGGGUGUGAUUGAAACGGGGGAAAGUAUGGCGAAAUUGGGCCUCAGUGCUGCUGAGCGUGCUGCAGAGACGGGUGUGGGUGUGGCGAAGGGGGUUGCGGGUACAGGGUUUAGGGUUGCUGAAAGCGCGUUUGAAACUGGGAAGGGUUUGGGGGAGAGGGCUUUGGAGGUGGGGAAGGAAGUGGGGGGGAGAGUGGCGGAGACAGCAGGGCGAUUGGUGCCUGGGGUACCGCCGGGUGUGAGUGAAGAGGAGCGUGUUGUGAUUGAAGAGAGAGGUGGGGCGAGUGGAGGGAAAGGAGGUGUGAGUGAGAUGGUUGGGGCUGGUGGGGAGGGGCAGGAGGAGAGGGCAUUCGAGCGGGGUAAAGAGGCUGUGAAGGGAGGGCUAGGGCAGGUGGAGGGGCAGGUGAGGGGUGUAGCUGGCAUGGGCAGUGCUCGUGAGGCUGCUGGUGGGGAGAGUGCGUGGGGAGGGGCAGGUGAGCGGGGCGAGCAGGCCGAGCGUGAAAUGCGUGCCAAGGAGCGAGAACUUGGUCAAUCCGGCCGCCCAGAAAUGAUAGCAACAACUGGAAAAGACACCCUCCCGCAGACAGCCUACGAAGCAGCACAGGAGGGGGCGGAGAUCACGAGGCAGCAAGCAGGGGAGAUGGCCGGUCAAGCAGGGGAGGUGGUGGGACGUGUGCCGGAGAAAGGCAAGGAGCUGGGGGAAAAGGCACUAGAAGUGGUGCAGGAAGCAGGGCAGUUGGGGAUGCAGCAGGCCAAGGAAGCGGGUUCUGUUGCUAGUCAGGUGAUUCGGCAGGUAUACCGCAAGUGGAUGGGUGCUGUGGAGGAGGAAGGGGAGGAGGAGGAAGAGGGGGAGGUGGGGAAAGGAGCAGGGAGUGCUGUUGGGGAGGGAGGAGCCAGUGCUAUGGAGGGAGUCACAGGAACGCUUGCUGCUGGCCCUUCCUCUCUCCCUCCUACCAGGUAUCGCCAGGCGAGGGAGGCAGCACAAACGGGGCUGCAGACAGGGCAGCAGGUGGCAGGCGGGGCGGUGCAGCAGGCGAAGGAGCUUGUUGCGCCCAUUCUCCCUGGCGGGGCAAGAGGCACGGGUGGAGGCAUGAUGGGUGGGGCUGGUGUGACGGGGCAAGGAGCACGGCAGGGGCGGGAGGCAUCAGCGUAUGAAGCAGGGAAAGCGCGGGUGAAAAGCGCUCUGGAAGGAAUUGCAGGAGGGACGAUGCGUGGGACAGGAGUGGGAGCACGAGUGGCAGGAACAGGUGGGAGAGGCAUGGAGGGAGGGAGUGAGAUGCCGGGAACUGAAUCUAAGGGGUACGUUGGGACAAUUCCUGGGGCAGGGCUUGUGUCGGGUGUUGCUGACGUGGCACGACGGGCCGUGGGGACCACAGCAGACACGGCGAGGGGCGUGGCAGGAACAGUGGGAGAUAUGACAAGCAGGACUGUGGGGACGACAACGGAGACAGCAAGGGGGGUGGUUGGGAAGAUGGUGGGGAUGGGGGAGGAGGUGGCCGGGAGGGGGUAUGGAGCGGUGGAGGGGACAGUUGGAGGGGUGGUGCAGGGUGUGAAGAGAAUGACUGGGCUGGGUGGGAAGGGGGGAGAGGUGGAGGGGGAGAUGGGGAGAGAGGCAGAGGGAGAGAGGGGAAGGGAGGCUGGGAAGGGGUAUGGAACGGUUGGGGGAACAGUGGGAGGGGUGGUGGGGGGAGUCAAGCGAAUGACUGGACUGGGUGGGGAUGAGGGUAGGGGUAUGGAAACCCUUGAAGGGAAGGAGGGGAGGGAGAGGAUGGAGCAGAUGGAGCGAGAGAGGGAGGAGGAGAGUGCGAGGGAGAGGGGCAGGAAGCAGGCGUAUGCGGUGCUGCACGGUGCAGAGGAGUGGGUGGAGGGGACAGUGAGCCGUGUGGCUGGGGUGCUGACAGGGGGAUUGCUGGGAGGGAGGGGGCAUGGGGAGAGGGCAGGGGAGAGGGCAGGGGUUGGUGCAGUUGGUGGUGAGGAGAUGAGGGAGAAAGAAGGUGGGGAGGGAGUGGGGGAGAAGAUGCGGGGACUAGUGCAGAGGGGAGGGAUGGGGGAAGGCAUGGGGGGAGGGGGAACUGGAGGAAUUAGGGGACGAGUGGGGGUAGAGGAGGAAGUUUCUGCAAAGCCUGCGGAGGCAAGCAAGGGAAUCGUGGGCAGUGCUAUGGGGGCGGUGCAGAGUGUGGUGGGUGGUACUGCUGACGUGGCCAAGCAUGCUGCUGAGUCAGCACUGGGGGCGACGAGGGCAGUGGGGGGAGCAGUGGUGGGCGCAGGGGGAAGUGCGGUGGGAAUGGGGCAGAGGGGGGUGCAGCAGGGGGUUGAAGGGGUGGAGAGCGGUAUUGAAUAUGGCAGGGAGAGUCUGGAGAAGGGGUAUGAGGGAGUAAAGCAGGGUGUGCAGAGUGGAUAUGAAGGGACGAAGCAGGGUGUAGCAGCAGGGUAUGAGGGGGUUACUGGGGGAGUGACAGGGCUGGUAGAGCGCGCCAAGCACCUGGUGGGGCUGGGAGGGGCGCACGGUGAGGAGGGGUUGGGAGGAACAGGAGAGAUGAUGGCCGAGGGGAAGGGUGAGAGGAUGGGCAAGAGGACGGGUGAGGGUAUGGGUGAAGAGGUGGGGGAGGCAGUUGGUAAGAGGGGAGUGGAGUGGGAGGAGGAGAGCGCUGCGGAGAAGGGCAGGCAUGCGAUGCUGUCAGUGCUGGAGGGAGCAGAGAGGACGGCUCUGGGUGCUGUGAGCACGCUCACUGGAGGACUCAUUGGUGGUGGCUCUACGGGUGGGCAAGCAGGGGGUGAGCGAGCCUUGGUUUCCACCACUGGUGGUGGUUAUGAUUCUUCUGCUGGCGGUGGUUCCGGUGCUGUUGGUGGUGGUGGGGGGGUGACCAGGCAGCAGGCAGCAACAGCAGGGUUGCCGGUGUCAGCAGUAGGGGAGGGGGAGGCUAGUGGAGUGAUGGCGGGGCCAGGGGGGAAGGUGGCAGCAGUGGGGCGGCCGGAAGCAGUGGAGGAGGCAGCACGGCCAGUCAUGGAGCCAGGCGCGUGA